UAUUUGCCGCCGUAUCAGUCUCUCUCACUCUUCUCACCCCAAAUGAUAAAUCCUCUCCUCUUCUCUCUCUAAACCCCAAACCUCCGCCGUUGUGACCUCUCCAAUGGCUUCAAUAUCGGCCGACCUAGCCGCCACCCUUCUCGGGCUAACUUCCCGCCACUCCGCCCGGGUCGGAGCCCCGGCCCUGUUCCCUCUUUCAUGGAGACCCGGGCCUUCCCCACUUCGCUACUCAUCUUCAUCUCUAACCUCCUCUUUCCGCCAGAGACUGGUCUCCAACCCUAAGCGAGCCUCACGAAGGUUCAAUGUCGCCGCCACCACUGCCACGCCGCCGCAGAGCGACUCCUCCGACGUCUUGACUCAGAUUCCUCCGGAUAAUCGCAUCCCAGCGACGAUAAUCACCGGAUUCUUGGGCUCCGGCAAGACUACGUUGCUUAACCAUAUAUUAACUGCGGACCACGGGAAGCGAAUUGCUGUGAUUGAAAAUGAGUAUGGUGAAGUAGAUAUUGAUGGUUCUUUGGUGGCUGCGAAAUCGGCAGGGGCCGAAGAUAUUGUUAUGUUGAAUAAUGGGUGCCUGUGCUGCACUGUGAGGGGUGAUCUUGUGAGGAUGAUUUCAGACUUGGUUAAUAAGAAGAAAGGGAGGUUCGAUCAUAUUGUGAUAGAGACUACUGGAUUGGCAAAUCCAGCACCGAUAAUACAGACAUUUUAUGCUGAAGAUCAGGUUUUUAACGAUGUUAAGUUGGACGGGGUUGUCACGUUAGUUGAUGCUAAACAUGCUCGACUUCAUCUGGAUGAAGUCAAGCCGGAAGGAGUUGUUAAUGAGGCAGUAGAGCAGAUUGCAUAUGCCGACCGUAUCAUUGUGAACAAGACUGAUCUUGUUGGUGAGCCAGAUAUUGCUUCUUUGGUGCAGCGAAUAAGGAACAUUAAUGGCAUGGCUCAACUGAAGCGUACAGAGUUUGGAAAAGUUAACCUGGAUUAUGUACUUGGCAUUGGAGGAUUUGAUUUGGAGAGGAUAGAGAGUGCUAUUGAUGCUGAAGGUGAGAAGCAAGAUCAUGAUCAUGAUCACGAUCACGAUCACCAUGAUCAUGACCACCAUCACCAGGAUCAUCAUCACCAUCAUGAUGAACAUGAUCACAAACACGAACAUCAUGAUGGCCACCACUCCCAUGAUCAUGUUCAUGAUCCUGGUGUGUCUUCUGUCAGUAUUGUUUGUGAAGGGAACUUGGAUCUUGAGAAGGCUAACAUGUGGCUGGGCACACUGUUGCUGGACCGGAGUGAGGACAUAUACCGGAUGAAAGGUCUUCUAUCUGUUCAGGGUAUGGAUGAGAGAUUUGUCUUCCAGGGAGUUCAUGAUAUAUUCCAAGGUUCGCCAGAUCGGUUGUGGGGCCCUGAUGAGCCAAGGACAAAUAAGAUUGUUUUCAUAGGGAAAAACUUAGAUGCACAAGAGUUGGAAAAGGGUUUUAAAGGUUGUUUACUGUGAGUGCCAACAAAUGCUCCUAGUUGUGUCUUUUUUGUUUAUUGAAUACUGAAUAAGUGAUAGCUGAACAUUAUUACUGUACAUGUGAUGUCUGCGGUAAAAGUGAAUGAGAAUUAAUUUGAUUAAUUGAAAAUAUAUAUCUUUA